CAGUGAUUUGUGCCAUACUGUACGAGAUAGACAUUCUAUGUGGGGCAAGCCUGGACGCUCCCUGUCAUUGCGUUUAUACCUUCUGACUAUCUGCCCAGCAUGAAGUGUGUCAUCCUCGCUGGUCUCUUAGCCCUCGUUGUGGCUCAACAUCACUUCCAUCCGUUCCGUCCACAAGGUUACGUGGACAGACACGAUGGCUACAGCUUCGAGUAUCACAUCCGACACUACACCUUCGUCGUGAGGAGCGCCUCCAAGUGCUACAUCAUGGAUGUGACAGAUGAUCAAGAUGAAAAACUCCGACACAAGGAUGAACGGUACCAGAUAGAGGACGAGGUUCUCAGAAUGAUCCAGAACGACCAAAACCUCCACUCCACCACCUUCCUCAACCUGAUGCUGCACCACCACGAUGCUAUCUUGGCGGCGGAAUGCAGAGCCCACGAUCUCUAUCUGAUCGAUUUCUUCCCUCAAGCAGGUUCUAGCAAUUAAAUCUGUAGCUCAAUAAAGGUUAACCUUGUGCUCC